AUGAAAGGUCUGAUUCUCGCAGCUUUGGCUGGCUUCGUGCUUGCCAUUACCUUGGCACUUCCAUAUACUGAAGAUGAAGCAGUGGCGUAUAACAACGAACUGGGAGAAAUUAGAAACGACAUAACUCAAAGUAAUCUUGAGUCUGAAGAUUACGAUGGUGAGGUAGACAGUGAUGACAAUGAAGAGGACGAAGAUAACCAGUUUGAGGAUGAAGACGAGGAGGAAGAAGACGAAGACCAAGACGACGAUGACGACGAAGACGACGUAGACGAGGGAGAAAGUUCUUUAUCCAAUCCAGUACAGCAGUCGUCUGAUCCGGUGUGGCCCGUUCUUCCCGUAAUUCGCGUAUUUCGUGGUGCUCGCCGACUUGCUCGUCGCUUCCGCCGCCGCCGCCGCCACCGUCGUGGAAGGCGAGUUGGUCGAUGGUUUCGUCGUCGACGAGGUCGCGGUUAA